CUUUUUAAAAGUGGCAGAAAGGGAAAGCCGUGAUUGUUUGCUCAGUUGUAGGACAAACCCUGACAGAAGCUGAAUGUUGUUUUGAGGAGGAGUCAAAAUUCACACCUCUGAUCCUGUGGCGACUCCAAGCUUUUCCCAGACAGAUCCAGGCCUGAGUCCUGGGGAGAGACAGCCAUGGCUGCUGUAAGCCUGCGAAGGUGUCACCUCACACCUCUUGAGUCCAGCAUAUAAACCUUCGAUGUUCAGCAUUCAACCUCACAUUCAGGCACACACAAUAUGGAAAGAUCAGGCAGUAACCAGUGGAGCUCUCCAAGCUCAGACUCCGAGUUCUACAGCGUUUCCUCUCCAGAAACCAUCUCGCCGGCUCCAUCCAUGGACCGGAGCUUCUCCCCAACCCACCAGGACCGGCUCAGGCGCUCCACAUCGUCCAACUCAUCUCCAGCCAUCCAAGGAGCGAUCAAGAAGAAGCGCAGGUCAAGGCUGAAGAACCCGAGCGAGCAGCGACAAAAUGCCAGCGAGAAAGAAAAGUUGAGGAUGAGGGAUCUGACCAAAGCUCUCCACCAUCUCAGGACUUACCUGCCUCCAUCUGUGGCUCCCGUAGGACAGACGCUGACCAAGAUUGAGACGCUACGCCUAACCAUAGGCUACAUCUCAUUUCUGUCCGCUCAGCUGGGUCUUAGCGAAGAAGAGCUGACCCACAGGAAACAAGUGCAUUCUGGGAACGCCUGCCAAUAUUCUUCGGAGAUCGUUGGAUAUUUUCAGUGCAGGUCUAUGGCUGGACAAUGGAGCGGGCAGGGUUGCGGUCAAUAUGAUGGACAGUAUCAGGGUGGUGACAGCUCGAUUCUUCCAGGGCAAUGCACUGAGAUGACCGUGAAACAGUACGACGGCUACAAAGAGCAAAACUUAAUGGAGCAAAACUUUACCGCAAAUUUAGAAAACUUUAUUCCAUUACAACAGUGCGCUCAAACAACACAGACAUAUCAGGUUCACGGCAGAAAGUUUGGAUAUCAACUCGUUCCUCAGGCUUACUGGAGCUGACACAAACAAACAUGCUACUGUAUUGUGUGUACAGCUAUAAGAUGUGGAUUUUGUUUGCUCAUCUUAUGAGACUAAUAAAUGUGAACCAAAGUCCCGAUAUUGUAAUAAUUAUAUAUGUCAUCCAUUCUGUCCUUUGUAAAUACAAAACAAUAUUUAAUGUGUAUUUAUAUUAAAUAAAUUUUUAUCAAAUGCAGUAUCUUUUCAGCUACU